CACAGUUUUUACCACUUCUCCUGCGGGUGCAACACCCAGCCCUCCCUCACAGGCCACUAGCACCGUCAACAUUGCCACUUCAACCACACGGUCCAUGAGCACUCUCUCCAGCGAAACACGCAGCCCCACAACUGCACACAGCCCCCCAGCAGAUACAAACAGUACAGUAGGCGGUCCGACUUCGAACACAGCAUCUGCAAGUACUGCCUCGCCUGAAGCACAAGUCUCCCCAACCACGUCGAGCCCCACAGAUGGGCCAGACAACCAUGGACCCACACACAGCACUUCCGUGCAGAGCAGUACCCCGGUGAGCACCCCGACUAUAGACAUGGGUCCCCCAAGUACUCUCCCUGGGGGAACGCACAGCUCCACCACUCAAGUUAGUGGUGGGAGUGUAGCCACAGGUUUUACCACUUCUCCUGCGGGUGCAACACCCAGCCCUCCCUCACAGGCCACUAGCACCGUCAACAUUGCCACUUCAACCACACGGUCCAUGAGCACUCUCUCCAGCGAAACACGCAGCCCCACAACUGCACACAGCCCCCCAGAAGAUACAAACAGUACAGUAGGCGGUCCGACUUCGAACACACCAUCUGCAAGUACUGCCUUGCCGGAAGUACAAGUCUCCCCAACCACGCCGAGCCCCACAGACGGGCCAGACACCCAUGCACCCACACACAGCACUUCCGUGAACAGCACUACCCCGCUCAGCGCCCCGACUAUAGACAUGGUUCCCCCAAGUACUCUCCCUGGGGGAACGCACAGCUCCACCACGACGCUCAGCACUCAAGUCAGUGAUGGGACUGUAGCCACAGGUUUUACAACUUCUCCUGCAGGUUCAACACCCAGCCCUCCCUCAGAGGCCACUAGCACCGUCAACAUUGCCACUUCAACCACACAGUCCAUGAGCACUCUCUCCAGCGAAACACGCAGCCCCACAACUGCAAACAGCCCCCCAGCAGAUACAAACAGUACAGUAGGUGUUCUGACGUCCAACACAGCAUCUGCAAGUACCGCCUCGACUGAACUACAACUGUCCCCAACCACUUCGAGCCCCACAGACGUGCCAGAAACCCAUGGACCCACACACAGCACUUCCGUGAACAGCACUACCCCGCUAAGCGCCCCGACUACAGACAUGGUUCCCCCAAGUACUCUCCCAGGGGGAACGCACAGCUCCACCACGACGCUCAGCACUCAAGUCAGUGAUGGGAGUGUAGCCACAGGUUUUACCACUUCUCCUGCAGGUGCAACACCCAGCCCUCCCUCACAGGCCACUAGCACCGUCAACAUUGCCACUUCAACCACACGGUCCAUUAGCACUCUCUCCAGCGAGACACGCAGCCCCACAACUGCACACAGCCCCCCAGCAGACACAAACAGUACAGUAGGCAGUCCGACUUCGAACACAGCAUCUGCAAGUACUGCCUUGCCUGAAGUACAAGUCUCCCCAACCACGCCGAGCCCCACAGACGGGCCAGACACCCAUGCACCCACACACAGCACUUCCGUGAACAGCACUACCCCGCUGAGCGCCCCGACUAUAGACAUGGCCCCCCCAAGUACCCUCCCUGGGGGAACGAACUGUACACCCAGGACGCUCAGCACUCAAGUCAGUGAUGGGAGUGUAGCCACAGGUUUUACCACUUCUCGUGCAGGUGCAACACCCAGCCCUCCCUCACAGGCCACUAGCACCGUCAACAUUGCCACUUCAACCACGCCAUCCACGAGCACUCUCUCCAGCGAGACACACAGCCCCACAACUGCACACAGCCCCCCAGCAGAUACAAACAGUACAGUAGGCGAUCCGACUUCGAACACAGCAUCUGCAAGUACUGCCUUGCCUGAAGUACAAGUCUCCCCAACCACGCCGAGCCCCACAGACGGGCCAGACACCCAUGCACCCACACACAGCACUUCCGUGAACAGCACUCCCCCGCUGACCACCCCGACCAUAGACAUGGUUCCCCCAAGUACUCUCCCGGGGGGAACGCACAUUUCCACCAGGACGCUCAGCACUCAA